GAAGAUAAAGUUUGACCAUUGAAUACUAAAGCGGAAUCUUAUUUUGGGAUGAAUGGAUAACUAUCUAGUGUAGCAAUAUGUCGUCUAACUAAGUUUCAUUUUUUCCUUUUUGGUAAAAUUCUUGUGGCAGUAUUUGCAAUGCUAGGAGUUGAGUGUCUUGUAUAUAGCUUAGUUAUGGUUGGGUGGUUCAUUGUAACUAUAACAUUUCUUGUGAGUGGCAUAUUUCUCCUAGUUAAUAACCUUGUUGGAGAUACAUGUGUUGCGAUGAACAAAUGGCUACAAAAUCCAACUGCAGAUUCAGCUCUAGAAAAUAUAAUCCCCAACAUAGACAACCAAAUUACUAAGAAAAUUCUGUCUGCAACAAAGGAUGUUACUUAUGGAGUUGUCGAGGUGACAAAUACUUAUAUUUCCAACGUCUCCAAUGCCAAUGCGACAUCUUAUGCAGGUGCAUCGUACUAUAACCAAUCAGGCCCGUUGGUUCCUUUGCUCUGCAACCCUUAUAAUGAGGAUGAUACCGAUAGGCAUUGUGCACCCCAUGAAGUUAACUUCGAGAAUGCAUCCGAGGCUUGGGAGAAGUACAUGUGCGAUGUUUCUUUAGUUGGGAAUUGUGUCACCCCGGGGCGUUUGACACCGUUGGGUUACAAGCAAAUCACUGCACUUGUUAAUGUUAGCUCUGGUCUGUACCAUGGGAUGCCCUUUGUGAUUGAGCUAAUGAAUGGCACAUUUCUCAAGAAAACACUCUCCGAUUUGAGCAAAAUGUUGUGCUCCAGCAUAGAGGAAUACUCGAAGUGGGUCUUCGCGUGGCUUGUAGCUUCGUCAACGAUGCUAAUGUUUUUGCUGGUUCAUUGGAUCGUUUAUUCUGAACAGAGAAGGUGCCGGGCGUAUACUAAGAAAACUGAUGCGGCUUUGUACUGGAAAAAACUUUCUUGUUAAUGUGUUCACAGUUUGAUUUUGCUUUAUAUGCAACUAAUGCAAGGAGUAAAUUUGGGAUCUGAAAGGAGAUUCAUAUCAGUGUGUUGAUAAAUUGGAGGCGGAAUAUAAGAUCUGACUCUUCUCCAAUUUAUAUAUGGAGAUGAGAAGGUGAGUAUUCUGCGAAUUUCAUGAAGUAUAUUGAAAGUGUGUCGUGGUCUCAAAAUCGUAGCCUCCGGUCACCUAAACCUUUGUGCUGCCCUUGAACGGGUGGGCUCGGGUCAGUGAAGAUGGCAGGGAAGAUGACUUCAGAAAUUUGCAGGGAGGAGACCUGUGUGCCGUGGCAAUUUGUGGCUGGCACUUCUUUCUGUCAUUAUCUUCCUGUUCUUUACUUUUUUUCCUUUGUAUUUAUAGACUUUUUUCCAUAUAAUUUAAAGUUUUGGGCUUAGUGUCAUUUGAUGUUUUUUUAGGUUUAGCCCAAAAGUUUUUUUUGUGUAAUUUGAGUCCCAAAUAAAACACUCACAAAAUGCAUAAACUUACCAUUUGUAUGUUUUAGUUUUUACUUUUUAAUUAUUUGAGACCAUUAUUUGAACCUA